UAGCAGGUUUAGGUAAAACGACAUUCAUUCAAAAUCAUGCACAAAAAUCUAAUCGAAACUUGAUUAAAUUUCCUAUUAUGGGUGAUUCGAGUUUUGAUCAAAUUGGUGCACGAUUAUUAUUAAUUGGUAUGCCAAAUGCAAUUCAUUUUGAUGUUGGUUCAAUAGAAAAUAUCAAUUUAUUGAAUUCAAUUCUCUUUUGUUUAUGUUUAUUUCGUAGUUACUGUUUUUCACAAACAGUUAUCUAUUUACCAAUAAAUACAUUAUUUUAUUUUGAAUUAGAAUCAUCAUCAUUUUUCCAAUUAAAUCAAGAUAUAUAUAUAUUUCGUUAUUUAGACUCAACAAUAAUCAAUGAAUUUAAUUUAAAUAAUAUUUUGUACGAACAAGCACGUUUACAUUAUGUUACACGUUAUUUAUAUGCUAUUGACAAGAAAAUAAUUAAAGAUAAGGAAAUAGAUGUUGUUCCUGAUCAAUCAAUAAAUCAACAUAUUUGUAUUGACUUAAUGAAUAAAUAUUUUAUUCAAAAUAAAGAUAAAAAAUAUUUAUCAUGGACACAAUUGAAAAUAUUUAUUAAUGUAUUUUAUCAUUUAUUCAAUGGAUUUUCAAAGUGUGGAUAUUUUCUUGUUAAUACGCUACAAGAACCACAAUUACGAAUGGAUAUUAUACAAGCAUUUCUUGAUUCUUCAAAUCAAUUUACAUCAAUAUCAGUUAAAUCUGUACGUGAAAAUCAAGUAACAUUAAAGAAUAGUGAACAAAUUAAUGAUCUUUUAAAUAAAUCAAUUGUAAGAUGGGAUACGAUACAACCAUUUACUAUUGUUUUUACACAUUCAAAUGAUCCAUUAUUUGUAUAUAAAACACCCAGAGAUGUUCCAAAGUCAUUACAAUUAUAUUUCCAGGCUCUAUCAAGAAAAAGCAAUCAAUGGUUAGCAAAAGGAACAAAUGAUAUAUUUACUGAUUAUAAUCGUCUAAAUCAUUUGGAUCUUUUCUUUAAAUUAGUUUCACUAUCGAACAAAUAUUGGAAUAAAGCAAUAUGUAAGCAAUGCUUUAAACAGUAUCCAUUUAAAGACAGUACAUGUACAGAAUGCAAAUUGUCAUUAAGGAAACCAAAAUCAACUAAUACUAAUGACAUAAAACAAUUUCAAAAAGAAAUGGCAGAAAUACUUGAACGGGAAUAUGUAAUAACACCUGAUAAUUAUAUCAAAAUGCUGUUAGUAUGGUUGAGAAUUAGUAGCGACGUACCUGUUAUUAUUAUGGGUGAAACAGGUUGUGGUAAAACAGCAUUAAUUAACUUUUUAUGUCAUAAAAUUUUGGAUGAUGAAUUGUAUAUUUUUCAUAUUCAUGCUGGAAUUACAAAUAGAGAUAUAAUUGAUACUGUAGAAAAUCAGAUUGCACGAGCUGAUCAACUAGCUAAAAUUGAAAAGCGGUUAUGGAUAUUUUUUGAUGAAUUUAACACAACAAAAAAUGUUGGCUUAUUUAAAGAAAUAAUGUGUGAACGAACAUUGUUAGGUAAACAAUUACCGAGCAAUAUGGUUUUCUUGGCUGCAUGUAAUCCUCGUCGACUUAAAGCGGAAAAAAAUCAUUCUGAUGAUAAUAUCGGUAUAAAAAGAGAAAAUUAUGAAAUGCAAAAAUCUGCUUCGGGAGAACAUUUACUGUAUACUGUAGUACCUACACCAGAAACAAUGAUUGAAUACAUAUAUGAUUAUGGUCAUCUUGAUAAUGUUACAGAACGAAAAUAUAUUGAAGCAAUUCUUCGAACAUGUACAAGUUUAGCAAAUGAACAACAAUUAUUCACUAUAAUUGUUAAUGGUGUUUGUCAAUCUCAACUUCAUUUAAGAAAUAUUGAAGAUGUUUCUAGUGUCAGUCUACGAGAUGUAGCACGUUAUCGUUUAAUAUAUAAUUGGUAUUACGAUACAUUUGAUAAACGUAAAACUAAUUUAUCCAUAAGAGAUAAAAUAUUUAAAUCAUCUGUUUUAUCAUUAAUGUUAUGCUAUUAUUUUCGCUUAAGUUCAUCUGUUGAGAAAACUAAAUACAUAAAUGUGCUUAAAAAAGCAAUGUUAUUUAAUCAAACAAAUGAAAAGAUUAUUGAGAAAAUAUUACAACAAGAACAAGAUGAAUUAAUAAGUCGAAUGAAAGAAAAGCCAACUGGCACAGCAAUUAAUCGUGCUUUACGUGAUAAUUUAUUUGUUAUGUUUGUUUGCAUAUUAAAUCGUAUUCCGGUUAUUUUAUGUGGUAAACCAGGGUGUAGCAAAACAUUAGCUAUUCAAAUAAUAAUAAGUAAUUUAAAAGGAAAAAAAUCGAAUGAUUCAUAUUUUGAACAAUUACCAGAAUUAAUUGCUGUAUCAUAUCAAGGAACAAAAUCAUGUAAAUCAGAAAGUAUUCAAAUGAUAUUUGAACGUGCUAAAAAAUAUAGUGCUGCUAAAACACAAACAGAAUUAUUACCAGUUAUUGUCUUUGAUGAAAUUGGUUUAGCUGAAUUAUCACCAUAUAAUCCACUUAAAGUAUUACAUAAGGAAUUAGAAAUUGAAAAUUGUAAAUAUGGUUUUGUUGCUAUAUCCAAUUGGAGAUUAGAUGCAUCAAAAAUGAAUCGUGCCUUAUAUUUAGCAUGUCCAGAUCCAACAAUUGAAGAUCUUCAAUUGACAGCAAUAACAAUACAUAAAAGUAUAAAUGAAAAUCAAUAUAUACAAUUAAAUGAUGAUAUUAUGAAUGGUUUAGCACAUUCCUAUCUUGAAUUAUGUUACAAAUUGAAGGAAAAUCCAUCUCAUGAAAAUUAUUUUGGUCUUCGUGAUUUUUAUUCAUUAAUAAAAGGUAUUGUAAAAGAAUUCGAUCGUAUAUCAAAAGAACUGAAGCAAAUCAUUGAUAAUAAAACGUUGUUUGGUAUUAUUCGUAAACAACUAACAAUUAAUUUCGAUGGUAUUGUUGAUGGUUCUGAAUAUAUGUGGAAACGCUUUUGUUAUUAUACAAAACAUGAAGAUUUAAUUAAUCAAUAUGAGUCACCGAAUUUCAAAGAAAUAUUGGACUAUUGUUUAAAAGAUCGUAGUGGUCGUUAUCUCAUGUUGAUCUCUGAUUCUAAUAGUCUUAUUGAUUAUAUUGAAAGAUAUUUGAAUAAAAUUGCAAAUAAUAUUCGAACAUUAAUUGGAAGUCAAAUAAAAGAUGAUCUUAAUAGUGAAACAUAUGAUUAUCGUAUAUUAAUGGAUGUUAUUUUAUACGCUGAAAAACCAAUAACAUUAAUAAUGCGAAAAAUGGAUAAAUGCUAUUCAUCAUUAUAUGAUUUAUACAAUCAAAGUUUUUCAAUAUCUGGACAAAAAAAAUAUUGUCGUAUUGCCUUAGGAUCAACAUAUCAUCCAAAAUGUUUAGUUAAUGAUAAAUUUUAUUGUAUUGUGUUAGUUAAUGCUAAAGAUGUUGAAAAAUCAGAUCCACCAUUUCUUAAUCGUUUCGAAAAACAUACAGUUCAAUUCAAAGAUUUAAUUGAACCAUUACAUUUAACAAUAACACAAAAUCUAUUAUUAUGGUUGGAACGUUUAUUAACUAUUAAAAUAGGUACAAAACAUUUUAUACAAUUACAACAUAUAUUUGUUAAUUUCAAUUGUGAUUACGUAUGUAAUCUUGUCAUAGAUGCAUUUGAAUUAGAUCAAAGAGAUCAAGAUAAUGUUAUCAAUCAUUGUAAAAAUGUCUUAAUCCAUACUACUUCUUCAGAUUUACCAUUGUUACUAUCAUUACAAAAUCAAAAUGACAAUAAAGAAUACGCACAUUUGUGUGAACAAUAUUAUCUGUUAAAAAAGAAUUCAACUUUUGUAAAUCUAUUCAAAAACAUAUCAUCAAAUAUGAAUCGACAAAUUAUUUAUACUUACACACAGAUUUAUGAUAAUAUUAAUUAUCCAAAAAAUAUCAACAUAUAUAUUGAUGAAGUUAAAUUGGCUAAUUUCAAAACGGAAUUAGAAUUAAUUAAUAAAAUGAAAGUACAUUUUCAAAUGAAUACAACAAUAGAUAAAACAACAGCGAAUAUACAUUUGCUAUUAAUUCGUGUCGAUUAUUAUAAUGAUCGUGAUCAUAUCUUAUCAUUAAAACAUAAUAUUGUUAAUCUUUAUAACGAAUUUAAAAAUAAUCAGUCUAAAUACAUAUGGGUCAUAUUUCAUUUACAACGAAAUGUUCUUAAUCGUAUGUCAAAUGAUGUUUUAUUCAACGGAUGGUCAAAUAUAAUGAUUGAAAAUCUCAAUGAUAAUGAACAAAAACAAAUUCUACGAUACGAUGUGUUCCAACAAUCGUCAUAUCAGGAUAUAAUCAAUAAAAAAUUAUUUUCUUUACAAUUUUAUAAUCUAUUUGACAAAUGUUUAUCUCUAUUUCGUUAUAUCACAAAUACUACUAAAGAAAAUGAUAUCAAUAAAAGACGUAAUGAAUUAUUGCAGUAUUUUAAUUACAAUCAACACAAAGAUUUAAGUAAUAUCAUGAUAAAGAACAUAGCUUAUCUUAUUGAAAAUGUUAACGAUAAAAAUACCUUUGUUGAUUGGAGAAUUGAUUUAAUUACAAAUAAUACAAUAGCAGCUAAUGCACGUUCAUUUUAUGAUGCAUUUCAAAUGACUAUGACUAACUUUUAUGAAAUGUAUUUUCUAUUAUUAUUUUCAAACUCAGAAAAGCAAGCACUUAUCGAUAGCUAUUUAUUUAUGACAACAAAAAUUACAAUUGAAGAAAACAAAACAAAAGAACUAUACAAGCAAAUAUGGUAA